AUGGAUCAAGGAGGUCGUAGCAAUGGAGGAGGAGCCGAGCAAGUGAAGUUCCGUGGAGUAAGGAGACGGCCUUGGGGAAAAUACGCAGCGGAAAUAAGAGAUUCGAGGAAGCACGGAGAGCGUGUGUGGUUAGGGACAUUUGACACUGCAGAAGACGCAGCUCGAGCCUAUGAUCGAGCGGCCUAUUCAAUGAGAGGCCAAGCCGCCAUUCUCAACUUCCCUCAUGAGUACAACAUGGGAGCCGGAUCCUCUACCACCGCGGCUAACACUUCUUCCUCUUCUAGUCAAGUUUUUGAGUUUGAGUACUUGGACGAUAGUGUUUUGGAUGAGCUUCUUGAAUAUGGGGAGAACUAUAAUAAGACUCACAAUAUCAACAAUGGUAAGAGGCAAUAA